UCAUGUUAACAGGUUAUAAGUUGAAAUAAACGAAUUAGACAUGACGUUUUCGAAUUUCACAGAUUCAAUCUAAAUACUAAAGAUUCAACCUAAAAACUAUCUAUUUAUUAUACAAAUUCACAAGUCAUAUCAUAUACUUGUUUGUUUGUGUCGAAAAAUUUUCAAUCCUAAUUUGCUAAUUUAGGGUACGAUUCGAGUUGGGUUAGUUGCCACCCCUAAUUGAGAGAGAAGAAGAGUAAAGUCUAGGGCUUCGAUGUUCGAACUCUAGGGUUUGUUUCCAGCCAAAGGCCUCUCUGAUUCUAUUCCAAAUUCUUCCCCAAAUCGGCGGUCGCUGGUCGAUCUUUGUCGUGUACACCUCGUUCGAUCAAUUCAUUUCCGGCGAAGUAUGGUAGCAAUUCACAAUCCCUUCAUUUUCCGAUUCGAUUGUUUUCUGAUAGUCCGAAAUUUGGUUUGUUGUUGAAAUCUAGGGCUUUCCACUCGGUCGUGUAACUGAGGGAUGUGAAAAAAGGUCUUGUGAAUAUUGAAAGAGGCGAUUUUGGGGUUUUUUCUGGCUGUGAAUUUGUGAUUAUUUGGAUUGAAAUUUGAGGCUAUUAUGUAUAUAGAGGAAUUGAAGGGAGGAGAAAAGUUGGGAAGUAGGGAAGAGGAGAAACUAUAUGAUGCUGAGGUGGUGGGCGGCAGCAUUGUGGUGGCAGACGUGAAAAGGGUUUUGGUCGGAGCUGGGGCUCGCGCGCUGCUUUACCUGACGCUUCUGUACAAUGUUGUGAGGAAUAAGAUUCAGGCGGAGUUUCGGUGGUGGGAUUGGGUUGAUGAG